AUGGCAGACAACAAAAAACAGAAAUUGAUAACAGGGCUUACAUCUCAUCCCAAGUAUAUUUCUGCCUGGUAUAACUACGAUGAUGUCGGAUCUAAACUUCAACAUGAAAGUGGUGAGAUAAACCGGGAUUUCUAUCUUACGAGGAGUCAGAUAUCUUUCUUGGAGUUAAAUGUGCAUGAUAUCAUCCCGAGGGAUUCAAAUGACUUGACCUUGGUUGACCUCGGAAGCGGGAACUGCUCCACAACGAGAUUUGUAAUAGAUGAGCUAAUAAAAAGGCAGAAAAUGGUCCAGUUUUACUCACUGGACAUCUCUGGUGAUUUCCUGAUGAAAGCUUCAGCGAUGUUGUCAGAGGUAUACGAUAAUUCACUUGUUAUUCGAUCAAUAGCUGCUGAUUACGAACAAGGAAUUAAACAUCAGAACUAGUUUUGUGGUGUAAAGUUCAUUUUAUGGUUUGGUAGCAUGAUGAACAUGUCGUUUGAUGACCAAGUGAAUACUCACGGGAUGAUAUCUUCGAUAAUGACAGAUAAAUGUCGACUUGUGAUCAGUGUUGACAUCACACAAGAUAAAGAGGCUAUACUUAAGGCUUACAAUGACGAUGCAGGUAAGUCAUUUCGACAACACACACUUAUCGUAAUGGACCUGAUAUCUUUGGGAAUCAACUGGUGGCUGACAUUUUUACUGACCACGUUCAUC